AGGUAGAAAAGCAGAGCUUAAGUCCCUUGGGAGGUGGGCAAGUGACUCCUGAAAUAGGAAGGUUCCCUAGAAUCCACAAACAAUCAAAUAAGAACUUUAUUUAGCUCUUUCGGGUCUUGGCUCCAGGAUGACUAAGAAAAGAAGAAACAACGGUCAGGCCAAAAAGGGCCGCGGCCAUGUGCAGCCGAUCCGCUGCACGAACUGCGCCCGGUGCGUGCCCAAAGACAAGGCCAUUAAGAAGUUCGUCAUUCGGAACAUCGUCGAGGCCGCCGCCGCUGUCAGGGACAUCUCCGAAGCUAGUGUCUUCGACGCCUUGCUUCCCAAGCUCUAUGUCAAGCUGCAUUACUGCGUGAGCUGUGCUAUUCAUAGCAAGGUAGUCAGGAAUCGAUCCCAUGAAGCCCGCAAGGACAGAACACCCCCACCACGAUUUAGACCUGCUGGUGCUGCACCACGACCUCCACCAAAGCCCAUGUAAAGAGAUGGCUUCAUAAAGACAGAAGAAAAAACACCUUGGAAAAAUAAAAUGGGACUUAACUUUAAAAAAA